UAAGAUUGCGGCCAUUUUCAUUCUUUUCUCUAUUCCUGCCGUCAUAUGGCGUAUAGUGUGAUAGUUUGUCCGCCAUAUUAAAUGAAAUCAAUAAAAUAAGACAAAAUGUCGCCUUACUAAGUGUGUGAAAUUAAUCCAUCAACAUCCAGUUUUUGUGUAGUUAAAACAUCAAGAGGAUCACAAUGGAGAAUUCCUACGGUGUGGGGAUCGAUAAUAGAUACGCUCUUUUCUUGGACGAUGAGUCCGAUCCUCUUGAUGCGUUAAAAGCGCGAGAGCAAGCAAAAGAGCUCAAAAAGAAGACCAAAGAGGCAGAAAAAGAGAACAAAGGCAAACCUGAGGCCAAACCUAAGAGCGGCAAUGCCGUCGUGAGGAAAGGUAUCAAGGAAACUCAAAAUGUGAAGUCUCAAGAAAUUAAGAGCGGUGAACAACAAAAGCCUAAGGGGCCGCCGCGAAACAAUGAGCGCAAUGCGGAACGUCCGCCGCAACGCCGUCGCGAAGAUCGUCCGCAGAACGGUGCCGUUGAGGGCAAGGAUGGUGCCAGACCUCCUCGACGUGAACUCGGCGAUCGCAGGCCUAACUUCGAAAGACGUAACUUCAAUGACAACCCCGAAGGCGGUGAACGUCGCGGACCAAGGCCGCCGCGCGAACCGCGUGACGGUCAGCGUGGACCCCGACCGGGUUUUGACAACCGGGGAAAACGUGAGUUCGACAGGCGGUCCGGUUCCGAUAAAACCGGCGUGAAACCCGUCGACAAACGCGACGGUGGCGGCCCACACAACUGGGGUACUAUCAAAGAUGACCUCGACGAUAUGAAUCCGACCAGCUCGGACGCCGACGUCGCCGAAGAGAAGCCUGCCGAAGCGCCGGCCGCCGGUGCAGGUGACGGACAGCAGCCAGAGGCCGAGCGCACCGUCCCCGCCGAGGAGGAGCCCCGCGAGCUCACUCUCGACGAGUACAAAGCGCUCAGGAACGCUCAGCGCACGGCGCCGCAAUACAAUCUUCGCAAGGCCGGCGAGGGCGAGGACUUGAGCCAGUGGAAGAACCUGGUGUUGCUGGAGAAGAAGAAGGAAGGCGGCGACGACGACGACUCCGACGAAGAGUACGACAUCUCUGACUAUCCGCAGCGCGUGGGCCGUCAGAAGCGCGUACUCGGCAUCGAGUUCACGUUCACGGACGGCGCGCGGCGCGGCGGCACGGGCGGGCGCGGGCGCGGGCGCGGCGGCCGCGGGCGAGGCGGGCGCGGGCCGCCGCGCGACGAGGCGCCCGUGGAGGAGCCGCGCCCGGCGCCGCGCUCCCAGGUCGCGCCACCCAAGGUGGAUGACAGCAAAGAUUUCCCCUCUCUCAGCUAGACUAACAGUGAGCCUUCACACUACUCCCCUUUCGAAGUAUGAUAGAGAUACAAAUUAAAUAUUGUAUGUACCGUUAUUUUUGAAGUAAAUAUACAAAAUAUUUACAUGAGUGUGUAUUAUAUUGCAUUGAAUUUUAGCAGAUUUAAUCGUUGACUAUCUAUGAACCUUGAAAAGAUUCAAAGGUUUACUUAUAAAUUUUAUAGUGAUGGGAAUUGACUCGAAGCACUCGGGUAGCGAGGAGGGGGAGGAUGUUUUAUUUUUUUCUUUACUAAGAGAUUGCUACAUUAAUGCAUAUGAAUCGUUAAAUAACAGUAGCUUUUUAUUGUAAUCACAUCAGCUUAUGGUUUUAACAUUUAAUAAGUUGUAUGAAUAAGAUUUUAAACUCAUAGACUGUGACACGCUAUAUUGAAUGAACUCCGUCACAAUUUAGAAUAGAGCAUUUGUGAAAAUAACCCUUGUUGCAUUUUGUGUCAUGAGUUUGUGUUGACAAAUGCAAACUUAAAUCUGUAAAUAGUCUUAAAAAUUUAAAGAUAAGGUCGUAAAAUAACAAGGUUGAUUUUUGUUGUUACACAAACUUCUUGAAAAAUAAACAUUUUGUAUGUGUGAA